GUAAUUUUCCCAGACAUGCCAUUCUUUCCAUUGUCGCAGUCGUCGGACUUUUCGACCUCUGAGCUUUAUCACAUGAGGCAUGAGAUCGCAAUGCCCCCACCGGCACGUCUCCUACGCUACAUGGCGUCUACAAGUGCUGCGAAUGCUAUGCGAAGGCUCCCAUGUGCAAACCUACCCGACCAUUGUCACCACGUGCUCCAGGGCGCCUACAAGAUCAAAACACUACCAUAGCACGCCGUCUCUCAAGAUUCGCGAUGAAAUUCCUGAGAAUGGGUCCCGAGCAGAUGAGGCAUCGGGUCGUGCUCUGUCGAAGGACACGAGUAAAGUCUCUCGUCCGCGGCGGCAAUCUCCUACCCCAUUCAACCGCGAUGCGAUUCUACGGAUGAAGACCCUAGUGUCCAAUGUCAAAAGUGCAGCCCAGAAUGCACAACAACAGCUGGCAAACACUGGACGUGAGUCGAACAGCACCGCGCAGAAUCAGUCAAGCGUGCUUCGGUCACCAUUUGUUGCUCAGGUCAAGAAAAUGAACCAGUCGAGCUUGCCGAAGCGGGAGCCGACGUUCAAAGAGCUGGAACCAUUGAAGAAUAAUCAGUGGGCGCAGAUGCUAGCCAAACCUAUAAGAACAUGUCAGGGCAGUGGUGCAAGGCUACCCUCGGCUUUCCUGAUCGAUCUCGGCUAUGUGACCAAACCCGGAGAAGAAAAUGUAUAUCUCAUGCCGGUGCAACUCGCCGACGUUGAUGGACUGGAAAAGCGGAUGGGCAAGGAACUCUACGAAGAAGACUGGCGACGAGUACGCGACGACAAAAGAGCAGCUCGCGAACGACGUGCCAGUGGACAAGUCGAGGAGUCGACAGCAGCAGCGGCUGAGCAGACGAACUCGUUUUCAGACCACCUCCGCAAUCUACCACAGAGCCGAGUCUUCUCAGACAUCAACUUCAUGCGGUUCAUGACGCUGAAGUUUACAAGACUCACCAGAAAGAACCAACCCACCAUUAAGACUAAACUCGGAGAAGUGUCGGCUUUGAUAGGCACCAAGGCCAAAGAAGCCCUCGCCCUCGCACAGCAUUACAUGCACCAUCAUCGGGGAGUCGACUUUGCUCUCGGCGUUGAGCCUGCCGUUCCGGAGGCGGACGCCAGAGUGCAAGACCGGUACUUGAGAAAGAUACAAUGGCAGCAUGAUAUUUAUGAUCGUAUAACACGGAUCAUGCAGAAACGUGUCUUGGUCGCCAUCAAGGGGCUGGCCGAGCAGGCCAAGGACGACGUUACAAAUGGGAAACCGAAAAGGGUGGUCGCGCUUCCAUUUCCUAAGAGCAAAGGUUUCGACACGGAACUUUUAGGCGGACCAGCAUCUGCUGAUGCUCAGGGGCACAGUGCAGAGGCACCUGCAGACAUCCCGUCUGGCAGUGUCUUCCUGCAUAUUGGCGCGAGUGAUACUUCGGAGCUUCUCUCAUCGACAGCUUCAACGAUGCCAAGCUCCGCAUUACCACCACUCCCAUCGAAUCCGAUCAUCCCGCCUAUGCUCUGCGUCACCGAUACUCACCGAAUCCCCAUUUUCCCAUUGUCCCAGAUGCUCGCCGACACGACCGAUACGACUGACCUGCAGGCGCUGCACGAUCUAGUAUCCAAGCAUAGCACUCUUCAACUGCCAGACACGAAAAGGAAUGGGGAAAGCGAUUACCUUCUCCUGGUCCGGCCCGGGGUAGGCCCGCCGAAGGCGCUUGUGGAAGAGGUCUGGCAGCUAUGGCGCUAUCUGGGCGGAGAGACGAUGGGAUUGAUCCCCGAUGCCGACGACGAGGGUCGAUUCGGGAACAACAACGGAAGGAAUGACAGGGAUGAAGAUGACUCCGAAGAGCCUGACGAUGAUGGUGACGAACCUGCUGAUUGGGGUCGUCGGAAGCGUUGAACUCAUCUGCGUCUACCUGUCAUGAUGAGCGAGAGUACUAUUGCGAGGCGCAUCCACAGUGCAUCAACGUCGCAUGCUGAAAACGAGAAAUAUGGUCAGAUAAGUGAAGAUGAUCAAUCAAUCAAUUCCAUGGACAUGUCUGUCAAACAAGA